UGCCUCCUACUUAAAAACGUACAACACAAAAACAUUUAGUUAAAAACCCUCUUUUCCAAUGAGAGACUCUUCAACAACUGCAUCCACCAAAUCCUCACCGUUAUGGAAACCCUUUGCCUCAAACUGUUGUUCCGUUGACGACCAAAGCGUCUUUGGCAAUCUCAGCCGCUGCCGACCUUCAAGAUCAGAAUUUUCCAAGAACCAUCUCGGACCACUUCCUUCUUUCCGCCGGCUCUCUUUCACUGAUAUAAGUCGGUCUUCGUCGGCUAGGAUCAACGAAGAUCUCGCACAGACUCUCGGAGCUGAUUUAGUGGAUUUUCAGAUGUGUGAACUGAAGAUGAUCACUCAGAGUUUCUCCGGGAACUAUCUUCUAGGAGAAGGUGGGUUUGGUAAAGUGUAUAAAGGUUAUGUUCAUGAGAAUCUCCGACAAAGCCUCAAGGCUCAGCCUGUUGCUGUCAAGUUAUUGGACAUUGAAGGGCUUCAAGGACAUCGGAUAUCACUAUCGUUGCCGUGGGCGACACGGCUGAAGAUUGCGGUCGCAGCUGCUAAGGGUUUGGCGUUUUUGCAUGAUUUGGAGAGUCCAAUCAUUUACCGUGAUUUCAAAACUUCUAAUAUACUACUUGAUUCGGAUUUUACUGCAAAACUCUCAGAUUUUGGUUUGGCAACAAUGGGGCCAGAAGGAUCCAAAUCUCAUGUCACAACUCGAGUCAUGGGCACUUAUGGUUAUGCUGCUCCUGAAUAUGUUUCAACAGGGCAUUUAACGACAAAGAGUGACGUGUAUAGUUAUGGCGUCGUUUUACUCGAGCUCCUAACGGGAAGAAGAGCCACCGAAAAGGCACGACCAAAAAACCAGCAGAACAUCAUCGACUGGUCAAAGCCUUACCUAACUAGCAGCCGCCGUCUCCGAUGCGUUAUGGACCCGAGACUCGCCGGGCAAUACUCCGUCAAGGCGGCUAAAGAUACAGCUCUUCUCGCAUUACAAUGUGUGAGCCCUAACCCUAAAGACCGGCCCAAGAUGCUUGCCGUUGUGGAAGUUUUAGAGAGUCUCAUACAUCAUAAGGACAUGGCGGUUUCUUCGGGCCACUGGCCACUUUCUCCUAAAUCUCAGGGCGGGAAGAUUUCGCCGAAGGUUCGAGGGGAUAAUCGGAGUGGUAGAAAAUCAGCUCCGGGUUCGUUAAGAUCGUGAACUUUGGGUUGAAUGAACUGUUAAAAAAAUA